GUCUUUAUAUUAAUGUUUCUGUAAUACAAAAAUAAUUAUAACAACAUUUCAGACCGACAUGUUUAAGGCCAUACCGUAUAUAGUUAAAUUGCAUAUGUGUAAGCAUGUAGACCCGCGCGUCAACCGCGUGGCCUACUUUCACCAGAACAACACUCGGCCACAGAAAACUACUUAUUCGCAGGUGCAAGAAAGGGACCCCUGCAAGCAACCUGACCCCUGCCCGCCACCGCCAAAGGACGACCGGGCGUUCUGGGGCGCUAUGGCCAUCCUAUUUACCAUGGGUUGCUUCGGUGUCUAUGCCAAACACACGCCAGAAGUUCGCGACUGGCUCACCAUAAACGCGGCCUGGUUCGACGACCUCAUCGCCAUCGCAUACCAGGAGAACAAGACUUACGGAGAACAUGCCAAAGACUUCGUGAAGGCUAUCCAGGAGUAUAUGAAUAGGCCGGAACCUCCUCGACUCUGCGAUUCGGCGGGGAGACCUAUCAAACAACCGCCAAAAGAAAAGAAGAAAGAAGCCAUAGAGAUAGUGUGCCCUAGAAAGUUAGAGGAUGAAGAACUUACGGUUCUCUAUGUAAAAUAUCAAUUUCCAGGGCCACUGGAUUCAAAAAAAUGUCCCGAAGCAACGAAGCCUGCCUCUCUAAAGACCAUAUGCGACAUUGAGAAGUGCCUUCUCAGUACUGGAGAGGAGUGCCUCAAUAACUACUGGACGGCCAAAGAGGCUUGCAGAGUGUAUAAUGAAUUGGUAGAAGACCACCUGACGAAUUUCACGUUGGACCGACUGAAGGUCCUCCGACCGGCGAUGUUGGAACGCUUCAGAUUGCUGAAUGAACAUGCUUGUGCUGCUGGGAGGAAUCUUAAUACUUUAGAGGAACUGGGCCGCAUAAUGGAGUGUGGCGUCAGCGCGCCGAAGGACGCCAUAGAUAACACCAACGCCAUGCUGAGACAGUUCAUGGCGAAGGUCAAGGUGAUGCAGUCUGAGUACGUGUGGGAGCAGGACCGCGCGCUCGCUGCCGACAGCAAGUGGCAAUAUAUCGAAAAACUGUUGGAUCAAUACAUCAAAGAGAACGAAGUAAUGUUUCCAGGGACAGUCUACGACAGCGAAAAACCCAACAUAAUUGGCGGCACUGACCUCUUGCUGAUGCAUACACUCAAAUAUAAAAAUAUGCUAGAAACUGUGUUGAAAGCUGAUAGCCAAGCUGCCUCCGAAAGAGCGGAGCGUGGCGUAGCAACAUUGUCUCAAGAUGCUAAUGCUGUAAAAGCUCGCGACACGCUCAUACUAAAUGCAUAUAGGAAGAAACAGUCAGAAUUGGAUCAAUGGUAUAAGAAGAAGCUGGACUGGCAGAAAGGUGAAGUGGACAGAGCUUUGAAAGAGGCGCAGGCUGAACUAAAAGAACGCCACGAGCGCCAAAUGGUUAUUUAUCUUAAACAAAAGGAAGAGGAGGCUACUAAAAAGUUAAACAAAAUGGUGAAAGACGCGGUGGACGCUCAGAAGACUAAAUUCGCUCGAGAGCUUACCGACGUGUCGCUGAAAGUCAAGGCUGUAGAGGCUAAACUAGAAGUGCGUUUGAAGGCCGAGCGAGAAGCGAAGCGCUCUCAACAGCUGUGGUCUGCCGGAGCUUCCUUACUCGCUGCCACUAAGAAAGGAGACCCGCAUGUGUGCGUGGCAAGAGAAAUUAGAGCUAUUGAGGCUGCUGUUGGUGAUGGUGAUAAACUCGUGAUGACUGUUCUAAAAUCUAUACCAGAACAAGUGCGCAAGGAAGGACUGGUGCCGGAGAGCGUACUGCGCGAGCGAUACCAUCUGAUGGAGAAAACGGCCAAACAUGUGGCCCUGGUGGAGUUAGAAGGCAGCCCGAUGCCGGUCUACAUCGCCUCCUGGGUUCAAUCCAUGCUUCUCUUUAUGAGGCUAUCUGGCAUUCCACAAAAGGACAUUGACAAUCCGAUUAAAUGCAAGAAAGAACUAGAGGAUUUGGACACAUUCGACCGAUUAAAUUAUGCCAGGUAUUGGAUAGAGCAAGGAAACCUAGCCCCCGCGCUCCGCUACGUCGAGUCGCUAGAGGGCGCCUCUCGCGUCGCCGCCGAUCCUUGGUACAAGGACGCUAAAAGCCAUCUCGAGAUCAAGCAAGCCGCUGAGGCCGUCAUAGCGCACGCCACCGCUUUGGCCUUGCAGUAUAUUUGA